AUGUUUGAAGAAAAUAUUAGUUAAAGAAAUCCUUUGGAGGUUUCCAAUCAUGCCAAUGCUGUUAAAAGAUUUGAGAAUCUAGAGAAACUUAAGUUAAUUGAACGUCUAGAGACAAUUCAAAGGAUUAAAAAAUCUAAUGAUAGAUUAGAAAUUAAGAAGUUUAUGUUUCAAUUGCAAUAAAGAAUGUUUGACGAGCCUGAUUAGUUUUCAAUUAUUAAAUUUUCAAUAGGUCUAAGAAGUGUCGAAAAAUUAAAGCGUGAUUCAAAACUUUCUCGUUCUCCUGACUCACGCUAAACUACAGCAGCUGAAAAGUAAACAGAAAUAAAAGAGAUUGAAGUUAAACCAUUUAAAAUGUGA